UGCCAGGACAUGCCACCCUUCUGGUGUCUCAUCUUUCUUGGGGGCCUCCUUCCCCCCUCCCAGGGCCUCCUCAACCUGCUGAAUGCAGCACAGCCCAUCGGUGGAGGACAACCUGGCAGCAAUGGGCUGCUUGGCACAGGCAUCCUUAGUGGGAAAGGCCUUGGUGCAGGCCUCCUUGGUGAAGGACUUGGCCCAAACCUCCUUGGUGAAGGACUUGGCACAGGAAUCCUUGGUGAAGGACUUGGCACAGGCCUCCUUGGUGGAGAAGGACUUGGCACAGGAAUCCUUGGUGGAGAAGGAGCUGGCACAGGAAUCCUUGGUGGGAAAGGCCUUGCAACAGGCCUCCUUGGUGGGGAAGGACUUGCUAAUGGUCUCCUUAGCAAUGGCCUCCUUGGCAAUAACAGCCUUCUUGGAGGGACAGGUCCGCUUGGCACAGGGCUGCUUGGAAAAGGAGGUCUCCUAGGCAAUGGAAGUCUGCUUGGACUUGAUGGUCUUCUGGGGGAAGCAGGAGGACUGCUGGGUGCAGCAGGAGGACUGUUGGAUGGUGGAGCCUCCCAGAAGAUGACACGCUUUGCCUGGCUGAAGGUGCUGAACCUCGAGAGUGCCCGAGUGUCAUGGAAGGUCCUUCGUGGGUCUGAGCUUGUGCUGAACCUGUACUCAAAGCUGGUGCUCCACUUUCCAGGGAUUUUUCAGUUUCUGAGUGGAUCCUCAGUAGAAGCAAACAUCACAUCACACAUUGCCCUGACCCAGGACUCUCCCAGAGACCUUAAGCUGGUGCUUAAGGACUGCAGCAACCUCCUUGGCGGCUUCAGCGUCAACCUGCGGAAAGGCCUCUUUACCAAUCUGGUGAGCAGCUUGGUGAACAAAUCUCUUAAGACCCUUGUCCCUGCGCUGUUCUGCCCAUUAGUGAACAUGUGGGUCAGCAUCAUCAACAUUAAUCUGCAAUUCCUCAACCGUGUCGUCUCCUUUGGGCUUCUGGGGAAAAUCUACUCUGCCCUCUCCAAACUGCCAGUGACAGCUGGGCAGUAUGUGGAGCUGGAUCUGCAGAAUUCCCCUUUCCCAAGCACCUUCAUCGACUGGCUCCUUCAGACUGCAGGUGUCAAUCCCAGGAUAAAUCCGUAGCUGCAGGACUGGCAGCACCCCGGGGUCCCCCUGCAGGCGAUUCCCAAGGAGGAGGAGGGAAGGGAUGAAAACGACUCAAUAGGUGGAGAAUAGACAUGAAAAUGGAGAAACCCAACGAAGUAAAAGACUCUUUCUUCUGCUCCACAUUUCAGCCUUCUCAGAUUUUAGUGUCUCUGUCCAGCCUAGAGUUAUCUGUGCCAAUGAUAAUCUGUGCCAGCAGUGAGCUAUGUCGAUAAUUAGCCAUAUUGAUAAUUAGCUAUGUCAAUGAUUAGCCAUGCUGAUGACACUGUGACUGUGGAGGCAGGAGCCCAGGUCUUGCCUGUGUCCCUCCUGGCUGUCAUGGCCAAAAACUGCUUGUUAUGGCACUCACUGAUGCAAGGAUGACUUUGAACCCCUGGUUUUCCCUCACACCCAUCCCAGCUUCACUUGGGCUGGGGUUUAGGCCAGGUAAUGGCUCAGCACAGAGGGGACAUUCCAGGUGCUGGAUGCAGACAGUCAGGCAGGGGUUUGGUCCCCUCAGGAAUUUCAUGAGACUGCACCAACCCAAAUCCUUCUGAGAAGGGAAGAGAGGAAAGGAAAAGGGACGAAUUCAAUGAGCUGUAAACACUUUGCUCUCCUUCUGCUUCUUGAUUGGCUUACCAUUUCAAAAGGGAUUUUUGCUGUUUCCAGUGAUUUCAUACUGUUAAAAAGAGGCAAAAAAGCCCCCAGCCUAAUCCAGGCGCACACGCAGCCUAUUUGUUCCCAAACAGCGACGCUUUGAACUGAUCAGAGUGAAUGCUAUCCUGCCUUGUAAUCUCCAAGUGGAUUUGGACGUGCUGCAUUGUGGGUGAGGUGGAUUUGAGGAAGAUUCACACCCUUCUGUUACUCCUUACAAUAAAAAUGAUUUUUCUUCAUCUGCA